AGCGCUGACAGCCAGGUUGAUGCCAAUCUGAUGACAUUUGAUACUGACACUGAAUUAUUUUGAGUAGGCUCGGCGCUAUCACAGAUGGAGUAUGUAAAAUGGCUGAGUCGUCAUUGCAGCUAUGUAUAUAGUAUGUGCCCUUGCUUUGUGCCUUUCAUAUGAACUAAGCUGUAAGUGGGGUGACAUGUGGCCUGAUCACCGUUCCGCAGGACCCGUAGUACGCUGCCUGCAUACUAAUCGAGAUAGAUACUCGAGUCAAGCCAGAAAACGAGAUUCUUACCAGGGAUUUAUUCCACACGAAUGGAACGCCACUUGUAUACACUAUCUAACCAACCAGAAUCCCAUGUAAAACAAAUUUCUAGGCACCAAGUUGAUUGUCGAUCAUCUUCAUGGUUUUCGUGCUUUCCCCCUGUCAGUCAUUGGCCCGUCGUUAAGCUAUUGUUCUGGUGAAC